AUGCCUGAGCAAGACAUCCAGCUCACCUGGGUCACCUACUUCAGCGGCGGCAAGGGGAUCCGCAUUGGCGUCCUGCCGAUGACGCCGUCCGUGUUCGCCUUCUUUACGCUGUGCAACUACACCGAGACGACGAUGGGCCCGACUCACGAGCUGCGCGAGGGCGAGGUCUACCUGUUCCGCGUGAGCAAGCCCGAGGCGCUCGUCAAGAUCAUGGGCGACAAGAGCAAGGCGUACCGGCUCUGGAAGGCGUGCGUCAACGUGAUGCACCUCUCGUCUUUCUCGCGUGGCCUGUACACGAACAUGGAGAACCUCUUCCCGUGCGAGGACCUCGCCGCCGAGCUCGACCACGAGGGCAUCCUCACGCCCGAGCAGCUUGCGCAGCUGCGCGCCGUCAUCGAGAAGGCCAAGACGAGUCAGCCCGUCGACCAGAAGGAGGAGCUCAAGGCCGUCACCAACCUGGACGCAGGACAGCGUCGCGAGCUCGAGCAGCUUCUCGACCGCCAGGCGGGCGGCCCGUUCGACUUCUCUGGCGCCGCCAAGAAGCGCGACGGCCUGCAGGGCAUCGAGGACCUCGACAAGAACGACCACCAGCUCACGACCGAGCAGGUCAUCGCAACGAUCGAGGCCGGUUACGCUCGCGUCGACGACACGGUCGUCAAGGAGAAGAUGGCCGUCACCAUCAAGGGCAUGUUCAACGACGCCACCGAGUACCGCGCCGCCAACCUCGCGUUCCAGCAGCAGCAGAAGCAGCAGCAGCAGGCGCUCGACGGCAGCUCGGCCGCGCACGGUGACGACAACGCGAUGCAGGUCGACGAGACGCUGCCGGACCCGGGCAACUCGGCCAAGCGCGCGCGCGAGAUCGCCGAGGCGAGCGCCUCGAAGCAGACGAGCGUCUCGAAGAAGCAGAAAAACGACGUCGCCGCCUCGACGGGCGACCGCCAGCGUGGAGGAGGUUUUGGCACGCCGAGCGCGGUCGAGCAGGGCGUCAACGGCAAGGGCGGCUCGGCGUCGUCGUCGAGGGUCGCGGGCAAGAAGUCGUCGUCGUCGUCGUCGUCGAAGGUCAAGGGCCAGGGCAAGGGCGGUGCGACCAACGCCUCGUGCGGCACGUUGGCGUCGUUCUUUGGCGUCACAAACGCCGUCGCGUCCACCUCGCGCUCGUCGAACGGGCGCCCGACGAGCGUCGGCAGCAACGAGCGCGCGCCGCGUCGCGGCACGAGCCGCCCGACGUCGCACGGCAAGAAGGCGUUCGUCGUCGACACGGACGACGAGACUAACGACUCGAACAAGGAGUCGUUCGUCGAUGACGACGAGGAGGAGGAGGCCCAGUCGACCGAGUAAACGGUCAAGCCCUGAGCCCCGGUCGGCUGGACCGACCCCUCCCACCCCGUCCUCGUCUUCCUCUCGCCCUUCUCGACAUACCCGCCUCUCUCCUCCUCCCGCCGUCGCCCUCACCUUCUUCCUUCCUUGGCUCCUUUUUGUCGUCGUGGUCGUCGUUCUCGUCCUUCUGGAUAUCUCUCUCGUGUCAGUACCCCGCCGUCCGACCUCGCAACCGCAACCCCGGUCGAGUCGGCAAGUCCUCGUUCCCC